AUGAAUGCGGACAAGGGAGCGGGUAUUAAGAGUCUUGGGAUCCAUGAUAGCCUUUCCAAAGACUCUGCGAAAGUUUUCAGCAAUUUGAUUGAAACCGCGAAGAGUUUACCAACCACCUCUUCAGAACUUGGGGCAAUACAAUUAAGCGUCAAUGAGAUUAAAAAGAGGGCUCAUGAACUAAGAGCAAAAACAAAACCUAAAAAUGAUCAUACCAGGGCUCAUUAUCUACUUGCGGGAAGCGGUCUAGCUAUCCAGGAUGUCGAGUCAUCUCUAAAAGCGCUCAAGUCAAGGCAAUUGAUGGAGCAAAAUGUGAUCAAUAGAGCAGUUGAGGACGAUCUCGACACUUACUUGAAGACAAAGAAAGAUGAAAAUAUAUUAUCUUCAAUUGAACAGUCACUAGCAUCUGCAGCUAAAGACUUUGACAAUUUUAUCAAUCAGAACUUCAACCUUGACUGGGAGCAAAGAAAAAUCGAAGUUCGAGAAAAUUUUGGCAUUCUAACGAAGAAAAGAAGGAGUAACAAGCAUUCUGUCGAAGUUCAGUCGUCAAUGCUACCUCCAAAAUGGGGAGGAAGUGGGCGUAGCAUCCUAGAUGGUGAUUCUAGGCUCAAUGUCAACGAAAAUUUUGCCACAAGGGCCAAAUUCGAAAAGUACGCCAAAACAAUCAACAGUUUCAACAACGCUCGACAAGGUGGCUACGACUUUUCUUUGUCACAUGAGGUCUUGCAAUGUUUUACCGAUCCGACCGAUGCAAAUAAUAGACAACUUCCAGAGGCAUGGAAAAUUUUGGACCAUGCACAUAAGGUCAAGGACGUUGUCUCUUCUUCUAAAUCAUUCCUUGAAAAACAGUUUUUGGAUUACGUUGGGCUGCUGUACACAAAAGUUGCGGGCGAGGGCCUGCCUACGAAUGUGAAUAAGGUUAAGGCUUUCAUCGAUCACAAACUUAAAAAUGUGAACAACACCUGGAAGUAUGGAAAUUUGACUAUUGUUAACGGUGUACCAAUAUGGGCAUUCAUCUUCUAUUUACUUAGAGCAGGCUUAGUUCAAGAUGCUUUGGAGGUCGCCGUCGCCAAUAAACUGAGUUUCAAAAAGGUAGAGCAAUCUUUUCUGACCUUUUUUAAGGCGUAUGUUAAUUCGAAAGAUCGAAAACUCCCUAAUGAGUUUAUCUCAAGAUUGCACACAGAAUACAACCAGCAUAUAAAAAACGCCUUAGAUGGAGAUCCAUUUAGACUCGCGGUCUACAAGAUUAUUGGACGGUGUGACCUGACCCGCAAGAACAUUUCAUCGAUCACUUUAAGCAUCGAGGAUUGGAUUUGGAUUCAUCUUAUGCUCAUAAAGCAAGAUGUAUCAAAAGAAGACCCAGUGUACGAAAAGUAUGAAUUGACAGAUUUUCAAACAAUAAUAUCAUCGCAUGGGGCAUCCAUGUUCAAUGGCUCCUAUUUAAACGCCUUGAUGUUGAGUGGAAUGUAUGAGUUAGCAAUUGAGCAUGCUAUGACCAUAAAUGAAAUUGACGCUGUUCACCUCGCUAUCGGCUUGGCGUGCUACGAGAAACUGAACAUAUCGUCUUCCAAGGAUGGCAAUAAUAAUGAACUCGUAUCGUGUCAAGAUGGCGAAAUGAAACUAAAUAUGACCAAGUUACUUGGAAACUACACUAAGUCUUUCAAAUUUUCUGACCCCAGAAUUGCGGUCGAAUACCUGGUUCUUAUUAAUCUAGGGGCAACUCCCGAGGGCCCUGAAGUAUGUCACGAAGUGUUGAGAGAGCUGGUGUUAGAAACUAAAGAGUUCACAAUUCUUUUGGGUAAGGUCAAUCGUGAUGGAACUAGGAUUCCUGGUGUAAUUGAAGAAAGACAAUCUUUGAUUUCCCUGACCGAUGAACAAGCCUUUUUGCAUAAAAUUACAGAGCAAGCAGCAAGACGUGCGGAUGAAGAUGGCAGGGUUUUGGAUAGCUUGCUAUUGUAUCAACUGGCUGACGAAUACGAUAUUGUAAUAGGUAUUGUCAACAAGUUGCUAAGUGAUCUUCUGAGCAACACCGACAUAUCCCAGCCCUUGCUAAAUCUGGACGACAAUAGCGAGACAAAUCCGGUAUUAAUCGCUAGGAAACUGAUAAAUGUAUACGUGAACAAUUUGGAGAUCGCACAAAAGAUUCAUGCAAAGCGUAAGGAAACGUGUAUACUACUACUGAAAAUGGUAGACAUCCGAAAAGCGUUUUACUUGCACAAUUGGUCACUAACGCUUGAGAAAUUGGAGGGGAUUGAUAUGAUACCUUUUGCAGAUGAGUUGUCAUCACGUAAAAGGGCCCAGGAAUUCUCCAAUCUAAGUUCUGAUAUCAAGAAGAAUAUACCCAAUCUCCUAAUCAUCGCCAUGACCUGCGUGUCGAAAAUAGUUGGGGAGCUAAAUAGCAGCGAGUAUCAGUCACCGGCCAAGGCACAGCAGGUAGAGGCCUUGAAGAGGCUGGCUAAAAAUUGCAUGAUCUAUGCCGGCAUGAUCCAGUAUAGUAUGCCUCGUGAAACGUACAGUAUUUUGAUCAACAUUGAGGUUGCCCUUUAA